AUGUAUUCCACCACAAGCGUCGCUUUUUGGGUGCUCCGCGUUGGUCAGCUCCUACUUGCCUGUGUUGUAGCUGGCAUCAUCGGAUCCUACCUUCAUGACUUCAACCAUCGACAUUCUUGGCCGAGGAAGCGGUUUAUUUUCGCCGAGGUGCUUGCCGCGCUGUCCAUCCUCUGCAGCCUGCUUUGGCUCCUCCUCUCCCGUGGUGGACUCUGGCCUCUCGACUUGACACUUGCAUUGGCUUGGUUCUCCACCUUCGGUCUUCUUAUAGACUGGCUGCACGGUCAUGCUUGUGGAGGCACUUUUGACGGGUCUGAGAUCACCUCUGCUGGCUAUUGCAACCAAUUGAAGGCGGUAGAGGCCCUCAGCUUUUUGAGUGCCAUCUUCUGGUCCCUCAGCGCUAUCAUUGGGAUCUAUUAUAUGACUAGGGCCAGGAAAGGGCAGUCUGAUGCUAUCAACGAGACCGGUCACGAUCUUGGUGCAGAUGGAGGUGCUACCGAUGUCGGAGAAACAGCGAAACGUGGGCAGACGCCUGGAAGCUCCUCCUACGCCCGCCUUCGCGCCUGGAAGUUCAAAAUACCUCGAGAUACCCUGCGCAUUCCACCGCUUGGCAGUGAUGAACUGCAAGGUUUCCUGACAAUCGCCUUAGAUUUGGUAACUAGCGACGAGCCCGACAUUGUACAACAAGUUGUGGAGUCCCUGGCUUCGAACGGCGGUCUCGCCAGAAUCAGCGAAGCGGUAACAACAGCUGCAGCUCCUUCGUCUGAUCGCCAAUGCCUCCAAAAUGGAGAGUACAUGUUACUUCCGCUCUUCAAUGUACUUACACACCCUGACGUUACCCAAUCCUUCAUACUUGAAAAGCCCUUGAGCGACAUUUAUUGUUCUCUGUACGGUAUCGGAGGCCGUCGUGCCGUCUCCUGUUUCUCAGCAGCUGCGCGAUUUCUGUCUUUGUUCGAUGCACCUUCAGCUGAAAAGUCCAGAGCUGUUGUCGCAGUGUUGACUUGUCUACACAACGUCAUAGAGCUGGUUUCGAGUGCAAAGGUGGUUGAGGGUAUCCAUGCAGUAGUGAAGACUCUUGCAAAGCUGCUUAAAGACGAUUUGAAAUCGUAUUCUGAGGUUCAGCGGCUGUUUCAGCGUAUCGAAGACCGUCUGCAAGAAGGAAGUGCCAUGCCCAUUGUCGACUACUCACACAGGACGUCGGCAGUUGUCCCUCUCCUUGGUGCUCUCCAUCUGGAGCGUGAUCAACCAGGUCAGCUCAGUUCCAAAGGCGCUCGGCAUGACAACGAUCAUGACGACAUCAGCCGCAUUUCGAUUCUGCCUACAGCAUCAGAGGUAUUGUCUGAGAGAGCCGAAUAUCUUCCUGUCAGGGAUCCUCGACAUCUCCACCUAGGUGGUGUGAAAGGACUUCUCGACCGACACUUUCGCUUGCUUCGUGAGGACACCAUAGGCCAACUACGGGAUAGUGUUCGUGCAGCGAUCGACACUUUACGAGAUCCAUCUGCACCCGAGCUCGUGUCCAGCAAAUUACAACAGAACAUCCGCAGAUUUGCAUAUAAAGAUGUCAAGCUUAUGAAAGUCACCUUUGCUCGAGUCACUGGCUUACAGGCUCAUCUUUCUUUCCCUCAACCAAAGCCAGCUCUGCAGAAGUCUGAGCAGAUACGACGACAGUGGUGGGAGCAGUCAAAAUGUUUAUGCCAUGAUGCGCCGCUGUGCUUGGUGGAUGCUGCUCAGAACGUCACCUUUUUCACGGUUUGUGGCAACCAAGCAGGUGGAGGUGCAUCCGAUACCAACAGCUCAAAGUUGUUGUAUCAAGAUCCUCUAAUGGCCAAUGUCAUCGUUCGGUUGGUUGAACCGUAUGAGCUUGACAUUGAACGCCUUGUGACAUCUUUGUCGAGUCCUACGUCUGGCGCACGUGUGCUGUGCGAGUUUCCCGGGGUACUGUUGCCUUCUUUCUAUCCGACUUUGAAAGCCCUCCAGAAAAUGAGCAAAACAUUAGAUCUACCUUUCGCCGAUAUCAUCGCCCCUACCGACACCAAUCGUGGUAUAACUAAUGUUGGGCCAGCUCCCUAUGCAAUGAAGUCCGGUUUCAAAUUCGACCUUAAGAGCAUUGUUGGGAACGAACAUCUAGAGCUGUCUAUGGCUGAUAGAUUUGAUUUUGCGACCCUUGCAGCGAAUUCGUCGCUCGAUGAGGCUCAACAGACAGCGGUGAUUGAUGCACUUUCCCGAGAGCUAGCCCUGAUACAAGGCCCUCCAGGCACAGGCAAAUCGUUCACGGGAGUUGCACUAAUCAAAGUGCUACUUGACAACGCCUCUAAAGCUAGACUCGGGCCGAUUGUGUGUGUCUGCUACACUAAUCAUGCCCUGGAUCAACUGCUUGAGCAUUUAGUCAAAGACAACAUUAAAGGAAUCAUAAGAAUUGGCUCGAGGUCCAAAUCCGAUCUUGUGCAGCGCUUAAACCUUCGUGAAGCCAUGCAGUCAGAAGAGCGGACCUCCACGGAAAAACGCCACUUUGCAUCUAACAAGGCCGAAAUUGAACGCUAUUCUGAGGAGAUGGAGCCGUUACUGGAAGAUCUCAUGAACCACAAUCACCCAAAGAUAGUCCGAGACCUUCUCCAACGCAAAUUUCCAGAACAACACCGUCAAUUAUAUGAAACUGAAAAAGACGAUGAAGGCUUUGAAGUUGUCGACCACGAUUCACGUGAACCCCUGAUCAAGUGGUUGCACCCUAAGUGGACAAAGCGCAGCCGACUCGAAACUAGGUUGCCAGGGACAAAUCGACCGCUUAACCUGCUAAAACAUGCUAAUGUUUGGAGCAUGGCUCUUCAAGAGAGAUUGAAGCUCUAUGAACACUGGAUAGAGAUCGCCAAAGACGACACGCUUGCUCAAUUAUCGUGGAUGCUAUCGACUGUCGGUGGGCAUGUGGAAGAGCUGGCCCAGUGUCGAAGGGAGGAUGAAUUGCGGGUCCUGGCGAAGGCCAAAGUCAUUGGUGUGACGACCUCGGGCCUUGCGCGCAAUUUAGACGUCCUUCGCCGGGUUCAAGCAAAGGUGAUGGUAUGCGAAGAAGCUGGAGAAGUUCUUGAGGCGCAUCUCCUGACUGCAUUACUCCCCUCUGUGGAGCAUGCUAUAUUGAUCGGCGACCAUCAACAACUCAAACCACAGAUAGCAAACUACGAGCUCUCGUCGGAAAACCCACGUGGUGUGCAAUAUUCCCUGGAUGUCUCACUGUUUGAGCGCUUGUUAUAUACGAACGAUCCUCAAGCGGUUCCCAUUCCGUAUUCGGCGCUUCGAACUCAAAGAAGAAUGCACCCUUCGAUCGCCCGCCUUAUCAGAGAGACACUAUAUCCUGGCCUUGUCGAUGAACAGUCGGUUCAUGAGUAUCCAGCGGUCGAAGGUAUGAAAAGUCGCUUGUUCUGGUUUGACCAUGAUCAUCCGGAGAAUAGCGAUGAACGACGAGAGUCAACGUCUCACACAAAUGACUUUGAGGUUGAGAUGGUUGCCGCACUGGUACAUCAUCUUGUCCGCCAGAGCAGAUACAACAGCGAGGAUAUCGCGGUCCUUACGCCCUAUCUGGGCCAGCUUAUCAGGCUAAGGAACAGACUGGCAAGCUCAUUUGAAAUUGUCGUGGGAGAUAGAGAUCAAGCAGAGCUCGAACAAGAAGGUUUUAACGCCGAUUCUGCACACACAAGUCCAGUGUCAAGGGCGAAGAAGACUAGCCUUUCGAAAGCAGUCAGGAUAGCGACGGUCGACAACUUCCAAGGUGAAGAAGCGAAAGUGGUAAUCGUUUCCCUAGUGCGCAGCAACCAGGAGAGAAGAUGUGGCUUUCUCAAAACUAGUAACAGGAUCAACGUCUUACUCAGUCGCGCACAGCACGGGAUGUAUCUAUUUGGCGACUCAAGCACAUAUAAGCGCGUCAAAAUGUGGCAGCAUGUCAUCCAAUUGCUAGAAGACAGCAACUCCCUUGGAAAAUCGUUAGCCCUCCAUUGUCCAAGACACCCGGAUACUGCCAUUGAAGUUGCCACACCUGACGAUUUCGCCGUUAAAGCACCUGAAGGGGGCUGCGAUCUGAUGUGUGAUGGGAAAUUACCCUGCGGCCACAAAUGUAUCAACAAGUGUCAUAACAUUGUCUUACAUCAAGAAGUUUUCUGUCGCAAACCUUGCCCGAGAGCACUGCCUGGCUGCGACCAUGCCUGUCCUUUGCCCUGUGGCGCAACCUGUGGACCAUGCAAGGUCCAGCUCCACGAUGUCAAGCUACCCUGUGGCCACGUUGAAGCAAGUCUGGACUGUUACCUGGCGCAGAAUCCAAUCCGUGCCAGGUGUCGGAAGAUUGUCCAAGUCAAGGUUCCCUUGUGUGGACAUACCGCAGAGAGGCAAUGCUGUGAGCUUGACCCGGGGCCGAACUAUCAGUGGAAGAUGGCAAGAUUAUUCGAAAUGACCAUCCACCCUGCAGAAGGACCUGUGAACGACCUUACAAUACUUGCAGUCAUUACUGUAAGGAACCUUGCCAUCCCGGGUCUGAGUGUCAACUCUGUUCGAGGCCUUGUGAAGUCCGCUGCGCUCAUUCCAGGUGUGCCAAACCUUGCAAGGAACCUUGUGCACCUUGCGCGGAGGAUUGUACGUGGGGAUGCCCUCACACCGGGAAGUGCGAUCUACCCUGCGCUGUACCUUGCAGCAAAUUGCCAUGCUCUAGGCGUUGCGAGUCAAUCUUGCCUUGUGGACAUCAGUGUCCAGAGUACAAAAGGUACCGUGGUGGAUUAUCUCCUCUCCGGUACCUAUGGCGAGACGAACCUUGAUGAAGAUCCGUGCCUUGUGCCAGAUUGUGGGCAUCUGAUGACAAUGUCCUCCAUGGACGGAUUAUUUGGUCUCACGGAGUACUAUGAGACGGACAGUGAUGGUGCAAUCAUAGCUUUGAAAAGGUCCUCCGUGCCAUUCUCUGCCGAAGAAAUCAAGGGUUGCCCGGUCUGCCGUGGCUCGUUACGUAAUAUCAACAGAUAUAGCAGAAUCAUUCGAAGGAGCGCGAUCGAUGAAGCCACCAAGAGAUUCAUUUCUUGGAGCAACACAGAGAUCUUAAGGCAUGCGGACGGGCUUCACAGUAUUCAAGAACAGUUCGCAGCAGAUCAGGAUAUCGCCCAGCUUUGUGGAGAUGGAGAUUGGCGCACGACACUGGACUCUGAACUUAACAGGCAGUCGGACACCAUGAUUCUAGAGGGUCAUCGGGGUCAAGUGAUGGCUGACAUCUCGAGAAUCAAAUGUUUGAAAAGCCGACACAAACAACCGUACCUACUCAGACGAAAAUUGAACAAGUUUCUCCACGAAGUUCGGGAGAGCGAGCAGCCUUUUGUUCGGGUGUGGGAUCUCUUGCAGAAUCGGAGGCGGCGCGACCUGUCAGGUCAUGUUAACAACGAUCUUGUUUACGAACCCAGCGUCGUGCAGCUCCGUGCAUCUUUGAUGAGUCUGUCUCUAUCAAUCAGGUUCGACAUCACCAUCAUCGCCGAUGCCCUUUCCCUACGAAAGAGAAUGAACGGUCUUGGCCCACGGUAUCAUUGGGGUGCUAUUGAUCUUGACGUCGACUUCUCACAGCUUCGAGCGGAGUGCUUGAAUUUGGUUGAUCGACUUGCCGAACACCAGCAGCACCGGUUGGAGAUCGAAACCAGAGUGUCCUUCGCUCAUCUUGCUGCACUUGAGCGAUCUGCUAUUGCAGGUUCGCCGAAGGUCGACCGAUUGAAUCAUCUCCGUGAGCUGGGCUUGGAGCAACUCAAGUACGCCCGCCAAAUCCACGCACGUUACCCGGGCCAAACAAGCGGUGUGAUGGAAGAACUCGAUGCAAUUGAACUGAUGCUGAAUGACGGAACAUUUUACACCGCUGUGACCUCAGAGGAACAGCGGGCUAUCUACAAGGCGAUGAGUGCUGAGUUCAGGGGUACGGGGCAUUGGUAUACGUGCGCAAACGGACAUCCAUUUACGGUGGGAGAGUGCGGCAUGCCAAUGGAGCAAACACGCUGCCCCUAUUGUGGAAGUCCCAUUGGAGGCCAACAUCACCAGCCAGCGGAAGGAGUUCGGAGUCUUGAUGAGGUCGAGGCAUCAAUGGGCAAUAUGCAUUUGGGUGGUGGAAUGUGA